AUAUUGUCACCCAUGGUAGCAGCAGAAUUGAAAACCAACUAAAUAAUUAUCUUUUCGGUGAAAAUAAUAUAGUAUAAAUAUGUCCCUUGGUCCCGUUCGAACUUAAGACUGAGAAUCUAGCUAGCAAGGUAGUAGAAAGUAAGAGACUCUGAAUUCCAUUAAGAAGAUCAAAAUAAGAGAGAUAGAGAUGAGGGUGUUUCCAAGGCUCAAAUCCCUGUCAAGAGCAGUGCACGAGGAACAGGAGGAGGAGAAAAACAAGGCAGCAGAAAAGUUGUGCACAUCUCUAACAGUUUGGAGAAAAUCCUUGGUGAUGAGUUGCAAAGGAUUCACGGUGAUUGAUUCUCAUGGAAAUUUGGUGUAUCGUGUCGACAAUUAUAUUGGUCGACCCAACGAAGUCACUCUCAUGGAUGCCUCAGGAAAAUCUAUCCUCACCAUGUGCCGCCGCAGGAAGCUUGGAGUGUUAGAUAGCUGGUUUGUGUAUGAAGGGGAAGUGGGGAACAAUAACAUGCGUACGAGGACUAGGAGGAGUAGUAGUAACUUGUCCAAGUCAUCAAAUAGGCCAAUUUGUUGUGUAAGGAAGCAUGUGAAUAUUUUACAUGGCAACACCAACGUUCAGGCCUACGUGUACCGUGGAGCUUCUUCACAUUCAGAUAAACGGUGUGCGGCAUUUACCAUAGAGGGUUCCUACGCACAUCGAACGUGUAAGGUGUUGGAUGAGUGCAGAAGGGUCGUGGCUGAAAUCAAGAGGAAGGAAGCUAACACCAAAAACGUCUCUUUUGGGAUAGAGAUUUUUCAGUUAAUUGUGCACUCUGGCUUUGAUCCUGCCUUUGCCAUGGCACUCGUCUUACUCCUCGAUCAAAUGUUUACUUGACACUUUUCUCAUUACGUGUAUAAUCUUUUUACUUCCUGUAUUGUUAAAAUUUUGAGAUGAAGUAAUAUAUUUUCAAGUUUUGGUAAUCGUGGCCAUGAGAGAUUAUAAAUAAAGGAUGAAAGGUUUGAAGUUUAA